AAUGUGAUAAAAUGCCCUUUGGUUACACUACUUUUAAUUGUGUAUUUACAGGAUGAAUUGCAGUUAUGUCGUUUGCAAUAUGAGCAGUUAGAAAAUAAGUUAAAAGAACUGACGACUCAGUUGCAGAGGCGGUCCUUUAUUGGAGAGAAUCAUAAUCCUGGUUUUAUCCAUCUUCAUCAAAAUAAUAAUAAAUUAAAAGAUAAUCAGUACAAUGAUCUUCAGUCUCAUCAAGCAUUAGAACAAAUAAAAAAUCAUAAAAAUGUAGAUAAAUCUAAAAAUCAACAGACAAACCAAGUCAUUAAAAAUGAUGAGAGGAAAGAAAAGGAUGAAGAAAUUGAUAAAGACAUGAGCAAGAAAGAUGAACAAGGAGUACAACCGAAGCUAUUACAAAGGCCGAAUAUAGUUCCCAGUGUCAAAACUGAAGGCCAGUCACAAUCUUUGAAUGUUCUACCUUCUCCAAAAGAACAUGGCGAUAAAAAUAUUGAUAAUCUCGAACAUGAAAAUGUUGACACGAGGAAAAAAGCUAUUAAUUUAGAUCUAAAGGACAAUGUUUUACGUCCUCCAAAUAUUGUAAAACCAAUAGACACUCAUCAGAAUGAAGAACAUUUACCCCAAGUUCAACCACCGCAUAGUUUUGAUAAAGCCGAAAUGAAUCAUGACAUCAAUAAAUGGGACAAGGAUCCAAAGAAUAUAGCUGAGUUUGAUCAGUAUCAUAUGCAAAAUCCUGCAAAUAACAAUGGAAUACCCCACCCGCUGAACGUAAAAGAUGCAGAUGUUCAGAACGAGAAGCAAGCCGGUCCCGAUGAUAUGCAAGAUCAUGGCGUUUUGAUUAAGCCACCGCUGGAUAAUAAUCAAGAAAGAAAAAUAGGUCAAGAUGUAGAGGGUUUAAAGAGAGGCCCUCAAAUGAUAGAUGAGAAAAAUGGAAAGCAUAGACAACAAGAAGAAGAUGGAGACUACGCAGAAGAUGGUGAUGAUGAUAAUGCUGACGAUCAAGAGGGAGAACCGAAUAACGGUGACGAUCAGUUAAUGGCCGAUGAGCAGGCCCAUCAUCCUAAUGCCUUUAAGGAUGCCGAUUUUGACGAUCAGGAAAAUGCCGACGUCGAAGAUAAAAAUGUUGUAAAUCAAGAUAAAGAAGAGGGUGUUAUGGUAGCUCCAAAAUAAAUAAAUAAAAAAAAACAGUUUUUAAAACGAUGAAAUUCCUAAACACAUUUAAUAAGCACUGUGAAAUUAAAUUAGAAGACAAUUUUCGGACUAUGUAAAUGGGUCUUCUUCAUUCUCUACAUUUGUCGGGAUAUGUAAAUUUUUUCCACUUGCGAAUAUUUGCAAAAUGUUGUUUGCCAACGGUUAAAGAAUGGACUUUCGGCAGUGCCGUCUGGUUCCUUCCGUAAGUGAGUACGAGAGGCAUUUGUUAAAAACCAGCUAUAUUCUGCCAGGUAAUCGUAAAAUUUAGAAUAAAAGCAGAAAUUCUUUUGUUUUUUCUAUCUUCUAUAUUUAAUUUAAAGUCAUAUAAAAAAUUUAUCACGUUUAAUUUCAUUGGGAAGAGAACACUGCAAAAAUAUUUUCCGAUCGUUAUCGAGUACUUACCAUUCAUAUUGCAGAAUUUGUUGAAAAGUAAGAAAGAUAAAGUUGAACUUUUGUUUAGCAAAAUUUCUCCAGAGAAUUUGAAUAUGUUUGAGAUUUAAAAGUUUUUUUAUUCUCUCUAUUUUGAAUGAAAUUGUAGAUAAUGAAUAAUUUCCAGUUUGUAAAAUUAAGAGUGAUUUUUUUCUGGAAUUUUUUUUUUCAAGCAAAAAUUAAUUAUACAUUUGCCAAACAGUAAUUAUUCUUCUAAAAAAUAGCAUUUAAAAUAAUUUCAAUCUGGAAGUUAUAUCGACUUUUGGUACAGAUAAAAAAAAGCAAAUUUUUGCUCAAAUGAUCAAAAACUAAUGUGAACUGGAAGAGAAAGUAUAGUUUUAUUUUUACACAAAUUAUGCAGAUUAUUGUGCUGCACAGUCUGUUUACUUGCAUAAUUUUUUUAGAAGUUAUUCUAUUAUUCAAGAGCUAUAGAUUUAGAACAUUACAACAAGAAUAAGAUAAAUAUUGUAGUUACAAUUGGUAUGAUUUCUAACUAUAAAUCUGUGUCAGCAAAUUAAUUUUUUCUGCUUAAUACAAAAUUAGGAAUUAUUUCACACGAAAUUACAUUGUAACGAAGCUGCAGAUCUGGAAAGGUAUUGUAUUUUUGCUUGACAUAUCCUAUACAGUCUAUAAAGGUAAUAUCUCACAGUUCAAUGAACAUAUUUGCAUGUUUUACAGUAGCAUUAUCACAUACAUUGCUUGAUAUAGAAGCAAAUUAAUUGCAAAAUGAAGUAUUUAUUAAUGCUUAGGGUUAUUUUAUGAUCUUUGCAGCAAGUAAUUUCAAAAUAAUGUGUUACAUUUUUUAGUCAACAAUUCUAUAACAAUGUUAUGAAUGCAAUUUCUAACGAAAGUUAUUUUUGUAAUAAGCUGAUGACAAAAAACAAUUUUCUAAUUGAAAAAAAGCAGUCUAAUGAUAGAAGAUUUGAAAAUUAGAAGAUUAAUUUCACAUCUGUACCAUUAAUAUAACAUACUUACUACAUUCUAAAUUUGCAAGCUAUAAAAUGAUAAUAUCUUCCGAAAGGUUCUCGAACUAAAAUUACGUGAGGAGCCACUCAAUUAAAUUACUUUAUGACUCGCUCUCAGCUUGAUUUAAUA